UUGGCCAGACCCCAGCAGAGCGAGGCACAAUGGCGUGGCACAAGUGCGGCACGUGUGGCAAGCGCUUUGCCUUUUUGAAGAGCCUAGAGGAACACCAACGCACGCACUCCAACUCUGCGAGCGUACCCACCCCAGCCACCUUCGAGUGCGAACUCUGUGCCCUCAAAUUUGCCCUCCUCUCUGAAUACCGAUCGCACACGAGCGAACACCACUGCGGCCAGGCCUCGCCGGGUGCCUGCGCGGACAGGGACCAGUCGUACGCCCUCGACGAGGAGGAAGCAGACGGCCACUACUCCGGAGCACCCCUCAAGGGGUUUGAGUGCGAGGGAUGUGCGAAAAGGUUUGCCACAGCGUUUUCGCGGGAGCGCCACUACCAGCGCAAGCACGGCACCACCCCCUGCUCCCAAGAGAGGGGUCGUUACCACGUCAAGGACUACAAAGUCGGUCGAAGCUUGGUGAUUGCACGGACAGUUCGGUAG